AUGACUACCGACGAGAAUGGAAACACCAAUUGCAGUAACAUGAAGGACUGCUAUGACUGCACAGACAGCAGCAACUGCGUCGGAUGCAACCGACUGACAAACUGCAGCAACAUGAAGGACAGCGACGAUUGCACUGAGUCGAGCAAUUGCAAGGACUGCACGGACCUCAUCAACUGCUCCAACUGCAACGAUUGCUCUGGCCUGCGGAACGCCAGCAACCAGCAUGGUGUUCACAAGAGCGAGUACGAGCUGUAA